AUGGGCGCAGUCGCGACAGUGGCCGAUCUUCGCCGUGCAGUCCGCAGAGCCUCCGAGCUGCGUGGGACCUGGCCCAAGAGGGGAGGAGGACUGCUCCAGAAGCAGGCCUCCAAGGACGAGAGCCAUGUAGACCGGCAGAAGACGGAAGUGCUGAACCAGGUUCUGUUUUCUGCGACCAGGAUGCAGGUGCUCUCGCAGCGAGCGCGGCUCCCUCCCCGGGCCCGGAGGGACUCCAGAGCAGAGCCGAGGAGGAGAGCAUUCGCUUGGCCGAGCACCAGCCACGUCGGAAGGCUGGUUCCCAGUGUCGAGGAAAGCUUGAACAAGUUCUGGACUGAUGAGCUCAGCUCCGAUGAUCUGCUGCGUCUGCGGGUGGUCUUCCGAUCCAUGUCCGAGGACGGCCUUCACGUUCCUCGAGCCGCCCUCCGUGAGCUUUCUGUUCGCCUCGGCCUCCGCACCGUGAGCCCGGACAGGAGUGAGGAACUCUUGCGGCAGAUCACCAACUUCGAUAACAUAGACUUCCAAGACUUCUGCGACUUCUGUGAGCGCGCUUUAGUGGUGGAGCGUCAAGCGUUUCAGCGCUUGCUCCAAACUUGGGAUCCCAAUCCAGGCGACAAUUUUGUCGGAGCCAUCGAGCACGUGCAAGGCUUCAUGCGCAGCUUGCAAGUGGUUUGCAGCAGGAAGACCGUGCAGGACAUCCUCGAUCUUGCUGGAUUGAAGGAUCAGCCCUGCGACACCUCGCAAGAGAUUCUGCGGUUUCUGGCUGCACAUCACUCUUGUGAUGGAUUCAAUCAUGAGGAGCUGGCAGGGAUCGUCGCCGCUUUCGAUGCGUGCGAGGAAGAGAGGCCCAAUCCGGGUCCAGAGAGCCGCCUGGCCAAGUCAUCGGCCGUGGACUCGGCUUUGCUGACCUUUGGUGGGAUCUAUUUCGUUGAGGAGUGGCGAAAGGUAAAGAAGAAGCUCAAGGCCAGAGGCCUCCAGCAUUCGAGCUCCAAUGGAAUCUGCUUCUUUGAGUUCCUUUUUACGGCACGCCGGAUCAGAGAACGCGAACUAAGAGCGGUUGCAGAUGAGUUUGAUGCCCUUGACACUGAUCGAGAUGGUCUCAUCUCUGUCGAGGCGCUGCGUGCGCUCUGCCAACCGCUGGGCUUCACCCUGGUUGGUUCCGAGAUGACUGAAUUCUGCAAGCUCAGAGGAGUGAGUGAAGACAGCUUCCUGAAUGUGGAGGCUGCGUGGGACUUCGUUCAGCAAGUGCGCAACUGCCACGGCUUCACGGAAGUGGAGCGGGAAGAGCUCCUCCACAGUUUCCUCCGAUUUUCCGGCGGCAGCGGCGAGCUGGCCACUGUGAAGGUCAUGGAGCUCCUGCAAUGGCUCGGGCUGGAGGGAAACAUCGAGGAAGCCAGGGACAUGCUCCGCAUGGUGGACUUCAACUUCAGUGGAACCUUGGACCGAGUGGAAUUCCUGCGCCUGAUGCGAUUGCAGAAGGAGAAGAACUUGAAGGCCUACACCAGGGCCUACGUCUCCAAGAACUUGGACAAAGAUCUUAGCGAGAGUCAUCUUGUCGCCGCCCUUGCAGACUGCGCGGUGCAUCCAGAAAGGCAGACUCUGCAGGAGGUCUUUCGGCGGCAGAGAUGGAAGCCAGGCGAUUCGCCUCUCACCUGGGAAGCGUGGGUUUGCAUAGCCGAGGAGGUGCGGAAGAUGGCCCCGGUCUGGAAGCGACGCCGUGCGGGAUUCUCCGAGAUUCAGGUCAGAGAACUCCAGGCAGCUUUCCGGGGUCCGGAGUCGGUGCCCGGGAAGACUGGUCCGGUUGUGGUCAGCGACUUGCUAUGGAUGCUCCUCGACUCAGGCAUGAGAAUUCACCGGGCUGAAGAGCGACGGGAGUUCCACCAGGCGCUGGAUCGUGCCCGGCAAGAGGCUCUGGAGGCUGGCAUUAGCCCGAAGGACGUGGGCGAGCUUGGUAGCUUAGAGCUUUACUUUGCCCCGUUCCUUCACCUGGUCCGGGCGCAUGUGCGCGUGAUUGAGCAGCAGCAGAUCCAGAGGGAAGAGCUUGCCAUGAGGAGUGUGAGCUUUUCAGCAGAAGAGAUUGCAGACCUCCGCUGCAUCUUCAAUCGCCAGGCCCAGGAGGCCCGACAGAAGGAGGCCCAGGAGGCCCCGGCAGUGUGCCACCCACUCAGCGGUGCCGUCCUGAACCUUUGCAGCAUCUCACGGCUGCCGUGCUCGGAGGUGGUGCAUCUGGCCGGCUGCAUCGGUGUGCGGAUGAAGACGUCGCAAAAGGAGAUGCUCCAGCGGAAGAUCAGGGAGCUUUGCGUUCAAGGUCCCUUCCUGCAGCCAUCUGCGGCCAAGAAAGAGGCGUCAGCGCGUUCAUGCCCCCGCGCUGACGAGGAUGGUGAGCAAGGCUUGGACCUGGACUUCGCCGAAUUCCUGCACGUCUUCCAGUGGAUGACUGACUGCAACUUCUGCAACAUCAACGAUGUCGCCGAGCGGUUUGUUCAGACAUCUUGGCGUCGACCUUCCAUUUAA